AUGGCGAGCUCAGAUCCGAGAGGAGAUGACAUCAUGGCCGCGAAGAGGCCAAGUUUCCAGUCCAAGCCAAGAUAUCGACAGCUAGUUGAUGAUCUGUCCGGGACUUUGUCCCCCGUAGUGAAGACAGCCUCGGCUGAUUCACUGGAUUAUUCAGAUGGAGUGUAUCCGUACGCCAUCACUUCCGGUCCGGAAGCUUCAAACUGGUUUGAGAUAAGGGACAAGAAAGGAGACACCGACAACAUCGCGCCGAGAACUCGACGAGAAGGUCUCACGCGCAUUGGCAAUGAUUGCCGCAAUCGGGAGCGCAUUUGGCUCAAAUGA